UGCUACAUCCUCAGUUGUAGUGCUAACCAUCAUGCAUCCAUCGUUCAUCCUUUUGAGUUUUUUAACCAUCGGCAGUGCCCAUGAUUCCGCAUUUAAAGUGUUGUCAAAAUUCUACAACCAGUGUUCGGACAAAACGGUACUUUUAAAAUGUUUGAAGAUACAAAGUUUGAAGGUGAUGGAUCGAGCUCUGCACGCAAAAAACAUAAACAUUAUCGAGGGAGUGAGUCUCGUCGGCGAUAGGCAAAGUCGAGACUUAGUGGAGCCUUUGAAUGGUACUACCGUGGAGAAGCUUUCAUCCGAAGAAGUCGACAUGAAACUCGAGGAUACAACUGCCAGGUUUCUGGAUAGUCACAGAAUUGCAGUGAACAUAUCUAAACUUGUCGAAGAAGGAAGAAAGCGAGGUGGUAGCAAAAAAGGUGGAUGGGCUGCGUUGAUGGUCGCUUUAGCUAUUAAGGGUAGUUUUCUCGCUAUGGCGUACCAAGGUAUCGCCGUGAUGUCCGGUACUGCUAUCAUCGUGGGCAAAAUGGCUCUCAUUUUGAGUGCGAUUUUGGGUUUAAAGAAACUAGUGAGCAGUGGACACGAAAGAACUACUUUUGAAAUUGUAAAAGUACCGAAGUAUUCGGAAAGUCAUACCCAUUCGACGUCGUACGACGACGAUGAUCAUCAUUAUCGUCGAUCGUUUGAUGUUUUUGGGCGGCGGAUUGCUUAAAAUUAGUAGUAGGUGUUUGUCUGCGUGUAAUUAAGUGGUAAUUUAGUGGUAAUAAAAUAUAAAAGGUGUACGAUUUAUGAGAAAAAAUCAGGUUUAUGGGUUUGUUCGAUGAUCGAGCAUAUGUUGAGUAAAAGUGAUGUCAAGUUGUGCUAAAUGAGUAAAUUUGCGCAUCCUUGAUGCAUUAGCACGCGACUGAAGAAUUGUGCUAAAUAGAGAUAAUUGCUGUAUGGAUAAGUUUCUUCGAGUUUAUUGGUACUUUCGCUAUUGUUUUUAUCAUUUUCAUGAUAAGUUAGGAAAGCCAAGGUCCGUGAAAGUGCUACUUUUUCAAAAAGUGUUGUGAAUAAAAUGCUUUAGGCCUC